UUUUCCAACCAUGUUGUCUCUUGAAAACUUGUUUAGAAUACUGCAGCAGAAAUAAAACCAUUUAAAGUUAUAUGCAAGUUAAAUAUUCCUUAAUUUAAGGCUUUUAAAAACUAUUCUCGAUACUCAAUAUAACGAUACAUAUCAAAUCGUUGCCUGCGGAGUCAGUUUGACGCUCUGCCGUGUUGGUUACAAUUUAUUACCGAGUGGAAAUAAUAGUUUCAGAGAAAUUCCUGGAGAAUAUUGAUAUACAAGUUCAGGACAAGUUGUAGCCAGCACGGCCACGGUAGAGUAAAUAUUAUACGUAGUGGGCGUUCAUUGCAAAAUAAGUUUAAAAAAAUUGCGAACUAAAUGCUAGCCUUGAGGAUAUAUAGGUAUGUUUGCAAAUCUUAGCAAAAUUUUUUGCAAACAUGCAAAGUUUGUUUUUUUGAUAACGUUGCUAACGAUGCGGGCUCGUAACGAAUACCCCCAGUGAUUGCGCUUAGUAACGCGUACUUAGUUAUCAUGUUACUUCAAGUGUCCAUUAUGUUAAUUAGAUUAGUGCAUUAAAUAAGUAAGUCUUUCGCUGUCUAUAAAUAGAAUAAUUUAGCUUCUAAGUUACAAUGAUUCACGUAAGCAAAGUCAAUAUUUGACGUAAUUGUCAAUUUGAGGAAGAUAUGUAUAUGUAGAGCGCUAAUGAAUUGAUUCCGCGUUUAUUUUGCUAAGUGCUCAAUCUAAUUAUUUAAUGCAUAUCAAUUUCUAAAUGUUUACAUACUAGCUGAGUUUUCCUGUUGCAUACUGCAUCCCAGUCGGUUUACAUUUUAUGAAACCCGACAUUUAAAAAAUAACCCAAGGAAAUACCUUUAGUAAAGGGAAAUAACGUACACUUUCAAUAACUUGGUGACAGUAUCACUGUAGGAACUGCGCAAUUUUACCACAUGGUAUCACAUAAUAAUCGUACCAAAAAACUAUUAAGAAUUAUAAGUACUAACUUAUAUAAAAUAUAUUUAACUAACUAAAUUAUUAUUAUUAUUAUUAUUGUUAUUGUUAAUUAUUAAUAUUACUUAAUUAACUAAUUGAUUAAAUUGUCAAUUAAUAUAACUCGAUUAACGUCCUUAACUUAAAUAAUUACAAACUUAUUUUCUAGGGAUGACUCUCGUUCUAAGAAUAUCCCAAUUUCUAGGCUACUUUCCUCGUUCUUUAAACUCUAGUAGAAUUUUACCACGAAAAUAUAAAUGGAUUCGGUUUCUUUACUUUAUCCCAAUCCUUUUCCAUUGCUUACUCGUCGCUGUAAAUAUUUUCAUGGUUGCCAUCUCCAUAAAAAUGCAGCGACAAGAAAUCCAUUCGCCAAAAAAUCCUGGAACGGCAUCAGCUUCAGUUCAGGUUUCUUUUGUCACUACGAUGAAAGCAACGUGUCAUAUUUUCACGACGGUGUACAUAAAGGUCGCGAUAUUAUUGAAAGGGGCACAAUUGUCGAAAUUUUGCUCCGAAUUUGAAGAACUUGUCACAAGCUCGAACCAAUUAGUGGUACACAAUUUUAAGAAGAAAUGUGAAAACCGUUUUCACCCGAAAUUUUGGAUGGAGCUGUUUGCCUGGAUGAUUGCGUGCACCGUGUUCAUCGGAGAUAUGUGGGACGUGUUUUUAUUAAAUGAAAACCGAAGUGCUGCUAGAAGGAGCAUCUCACUCUUUACUAUCGUCAUUCCAGCCACUUUGGGCUACCUACACUCCAUCUUCCCCCUCAUGCUUGGCCACUAUUUGAAUCGGUACCUCGAGAUUUUACAACGUUUACGGGAAAGCCCGGCUAUCUUGGUCCAACUACGAAUGCAGAUUUAUUCGCAAAUGCGCCAAAACGUGAACUUAUUCAUGCGCAUUUUUGGGACUUCGGUCGUUAUAGAUAUCGCUCAUAGCAUUGGACGUGUAAUAUUUUCUGCGUAUUUUCUGGCAGAAUCUAGCGAUCGACUAAUACCAAGCGAGAGGGGGCACGUGGCUGAUGCUGGGACGAUCCUUUGGUAUUCCUACCUGGUCUUCAUGAUUUGCAAGAAGGGGUCACAGGUGCGAAAUUUGAGUGAAGACGUAAUAGAAAAAUUGGAAGACGACGCCAAAUCAGAGUUUAUUCUUGGAAGGGAUCAAAAAGGUUCAAAGUCGGAUAAUCCAAAGUUGAAACAAAUUUUGGUUCAGACGGAUUACUUUAACGUGGAUCUUGGACUUAUUGCUCCGAUUGUUGGAACAGUGACGACAAAUUUGAUUGUUUUAAUUCAAUUUAAAAAGGGAAGUUAAACUAGUUAAACAUAAUAAGUGUAUUAAAAAAUUAAGUUAAAUAGUAAAAUACCUAACGUAACCAAACCUGUGUUGCAUAAGAUAUGUUGCAAAGUGAAUUAGGCAUUAAAAAUUAACUAACUAGAUAAUUAA